CGCAUUAAUACCAUAGAAGAUUGUUGAGAAAACCCAGCAGGCGUCGAAGCGAAAGUUGUUGAAAUGGAGAUGGAGGACAAACCCAGCCUGCUGCUCUCCUUCCACACUGAACCCAAACAAGAACCACUGGAUUCUGAUUGUGACAGUAAAGCUCAGUGUUCAUUGGUGGAUUCAGAGAUGACAUCAGUGAAGCAGGAAGACUGCAGUCAAGUGCUGGGAUUGAAUGAUAUUAAAUAUGAAGAGGAGGAGAAGAAUAUUGGGGAUUUAAUAAAUCAAGAUCAGAUUGCUGAAGUUGAUACAUUUCCUACAUCUGGAGACCAACAAGAGGAAGGCUGCAAAGAUAAGAAGUCUCAUCCCUGCCCCCAUUGUGGAAAACGUUUCCUCUCUAUAUCAGAUUUAAAAAGACACACUAACAUACAUACAGGAGAGAAGCCUUACUCAUGUUCUGACUGUGGGAAAAGUUUCUCUCAAAUAGGUAACCUUAGUGUUCAUCAGCGCACACAUACAGGAGAGAAGCCUUUUUCUUGUUCUGAUUGUGGGAAACGUUUCUCUAAAUUUGGUAACCUUAAAGUUCACCAGCGCAUACAUACAGGAGAGAAACCAUAUUCCUGUUCUGACUGUGGGAAACGUUUCAAUGAAUUAUUUAAGCUUACUAAACAUCGGGAAGUGCACACAGUGGAGAAGCCUUAUUCCUGUUCUGAUUGUGGGAAGAGUUUUUCUCAUUUAAGUACCUUUAAAGUUCACCAGUGUGUACAUACAGGAGCGAAGCCAUACAAUUGUUCAGACUGUGGGAAGAGUUUUUCUCAUUUAAGUACUUUUAAAGUUCACAAGCGCAAACAUACAGGGGAGAAGCCUUUCUCCUGUUCUGACUGUGGGAGGUUUUUUAUUACAUUAUCUGUGCUUACUAAUCAUCAGAGAGUACACACAGGAGCUAAACCUUUUUCAUGUUCUGACUGUGGGAAAAGUUUCUCUCAAGUAUGUAACCUUAAAGUUCACCAGCGCAUACAUACAGGAGAGAAACCGUAUUCCUGUUCUGACUGUGGGAAAAGUUUCACUGAAUGUUUUGAGCUUACUAAACAUUGGGAAGUGCACACAAUGGAGAAGCCUUUUUCCUGUUCUGACUGUGGGAAGAGGUUUUCUCAUUUAAGUAACCUUAAAGUUCACCAGCGCAUACAUACAGGAGAGAAGCCUUUCUGCUGUUCUGACUGCGGGAAGUGUUUCAGGAAAUCGUCUAAUUUUACUACUCAUCAGAGGGUGCACACAGGAGCAAAGCCUUACAAUUGUUCUGACUGUGGGAAGUGUCUUUCUCAUUUUAGUACUUUUAAAGUUCACAAGCGCAAACAUACAGGGGAGAAGCCUUUCUCCUGUUCUGACUGUGGGAGAUGUUUUAUUACAUUAUCUGUGCUUACUAAUCAUCAGAGAGUACACACAGGAGCUAAACCUUUCUCAUGUUCUGAUUGUGGGAAGAGUUUCUCUCAAGUAGGUAACCUUAAAGUUCAUCAGCGCACACAUACAGGAGAGAAGCCUUUCAUCUGUUCUGACUGUGGGAGGUUUUUCAUUACAUCAUCUAGACUAACUAGUCAUCAGUGUGUGCACACAGGGGAGAAAUAUUAAACCUGUUCUGACUGUGGGAAAAGUUUCAGUCAUUGUUUCCCUCAAAAAACAUUAGCAGAUACAUGCUGGAAAAUAACUAUACUUGUGAAUGUAUGGGAAGUGCUUUCCAACAUAAUCUCAAGCUAUUAUCAAGUUCUAACACAUUAAAAUGUUAUAAAAACGAUACUACAACUAUUAUAUACACUGGUAGGAUGUCUCCAUUGAUAAAAAAGACUCACUGUAAGUGCUUUUGAAACAUCGCAGGUGGCGCUCUCUUCACUCUGCGUGCUUCUGUGCAUUCUGGGAUGCGCUGCUGCUUCCCUCCAUCACACGGACAGAAACAGACUGUUGCAAAUGUUACACAUCACCUGUAGUGUGGGGCCUGCGGACUCUGUGUUUAUAUCUUGGACUUUGUGUCUCCCUGUGCCUGCACCAUACUCUAUGACAGUCCAUGCUGUGCCAUCUUCCCCAAUCAUUGGUAGUGCUAGUUCCGCAACAACAUACUUUAGACUGAGCCUAGGUCCGCCUCACUUGUCUCUGAUGUGUUGGAUCAAUGUCAGAUGCCACUCCGUCUCGAUGCCACUCCGUCUCGAUGCCACUCCACCAUCAGACUCACCAUCACUUAUUUGAGUUAGUAACUCUAAUGCCAUUUUGGCAUCCAUUAAUCUCUUUUUCCUCAAACCUCAAAUCUCACUCUAAACGUUAGCCCAUAUAUAAAUGCAUUUAUUUCCGUGCGGUUUGUGUUUAAACAUAAACAUUGAAUGCCGUCGCCUACCAAUUUAGAAUGUGUAAACAUAAACCGUGUGAAAAUAAAUGUAUUUUUAUAUACAGGUAUAUUUUACCCUGUGGCAGUUAUAGGUAUAAAUGGAUCAGCGAGUGCUUUACAACAUCAAGUACUGUAACAAGUGCUUUACAACAUCAAGUACUGUAACAAGUGCUUUACAACAUCAAGUACUGUAACAAGUGCUUUACAACAUCAAGUACUGUAACAACCAAUCAGAGAGGCACACAACUGAAGCAUAAUCUGCUCUGGUUGUUGAUUGAUUGAUUUCAGAGAAAUGAGAAGCUUGAAGUCACACCAGAAUACAACAAAAAUGUAGGAGGUUUGAAAGGAUGUGAGCUUAUUUUACAAUCCCUUAUUUUUAGCUGAGUUACAGAUUUUAUAGAGUAGUGUUUUAUUUACUACUGUCGUUAUUUUUGAAUGUAUUGUAUUUUUCUCUUGUUGUAUGUAGAUCCUGAUUACUUUCUAUUUAUUGUGUGUUUGUAUCCCCAUUAGUUCCUGUCAGAGCAGCAGCUCCUCCUCCUGGGAUGUGGGACUGACCUCUUCCUUGGUCUCUCACGAAAUACUUUUCUAACCGAGCAUUUUCACAUUUUUUAUGAAUAAAACCAAAUAUUAAUAAAAAAAAUGUAGGUAUAUGCCUAGUGGAAUGUCA